CUAUUGUGGAUGAUGAGAGGCUUUCUGCAGAGGAGAUGGAUGAGAGGAGACGGCAGAACAUUGCUUAUGAAUAUCUGUGCCACCUGGAGGAAGCCAAGAGGUGGAUGGAAGUCUGCUUAGUUGAAGAAUUGCCACCAACCACUGAACUGGAGGAAGGGCUCCGGAACGGAGUUUACCUUGCGAAGCUAGCCAAGUUCUUUGCCCCGAAAAUGGUAUCAGAGAAAAAGAUCUAUGAUGUGGAACAAACACGCUAUAAGAAGUCUGGUCUUCAUUUUCGACACACAGAUAACACCGUCCAGUGGUUAAGAGCCAUGGAGUCGAUCGGUCUCCCCAAGAUAUUUUAUCCAGAAACAACAGAUGUCUAUGACCGGAAAAACAUACCAAGAAUGAUAUAUUGUAUUCACGCACUGAGUUUAUAUCUGUUCAAACUAGGGAUAGCACCCCAGAUCCAGGAUCUCCUGGGCAAAGUAGACUUCACAGAGGAGGAAAUCAGUAAUAUGAGAAAAGAACUUGAGAAAUAUGGAAUACAGAUGCCAUCUUUCAGCAAAAUAGGUGGCAUUUUGGCCAAUGAACUAUCUGUGGAUGAAGCUGCAUUGCAUGCAGCAGUCAUAGCCAUUAAUGAAGCUAUAGAAAAGGGAAUCGCAGAGCAGACCAUUGUAACACUAAGAAACCCAAAUGCAGUGUUGACUUUAGUGGACGACAGCCUGGCACAGGAAUAUCAGAAGGAGCUCUGGGGAGCUAAAAGAAAAAAAGAGGAAAAUGCGAAGCUGAAGAACAACUGUAUUUCAGAAGAAGAGAGGGACGUAUAUGAGGAACUGCUGACACAAGCGGAAAUCCAAGGCAGCAUCGAUAAAGUUAACAGACUGGCUGCAGUGGACCACAUCAAUGCUGUCCUUCAGAAAGAGGAGCCUGAGCAUACGCUGCUGGCACUGCAGAGACCGGAGGCCCAGCUGCCCGCCGUCCACCCCUUUGCUGCUGUGAUGUACCAGAAUGAGCUCUUCAACCUCCAGAGGCAGAACCCCAUGAACUACCUGGCACACGAGGAGCUCCUGAUCGCAGUGGAGAUGCUGUCUGCAGUGGCGUUGCUGAACCAGGCCUUGGAGAGCAACGAUCUUGUGUCUGUGCAAAACCAACUCAGAAGCCCCUCGAUAGGAUUCAACAAUCUGGACGAGGUGUACGUAGAACGUUACGCGAGCGCACUGCUUUCCUUUAAACUAGAAGCCUCCUCCCAAGGGCAAGACAAUUUAAGCUGGAAUGAGAUUCAGAACUGCAUUGAUAUGAUUAAUGCUCAAAUUCAAGAAGAGAAUGACCGAAUUGUAGCUGUAGGAUACAUCAAUGAAGCUAUAGAUGAAGGGAAUCCUUUGAAGACUUUAGACACCUUGUUGUUACCUAAUGCUAAGAUCAGAGAUGUGGACCCCGCCCGUGCCCAGCACUACCAAGAUGUUUUGCACCAUGCAAAAUCACAAAAACUCAUGGAUGCCGAGUGCGUCUCUAAAGUCCUCUGGCUGGAUGAGGUACAGCAAGCCGUCCAUGAGGCCAAUCUGGAUGAGGACAGAGCAAAGCAAUGGGCUAUGCUGGUCAUUGAUGUCAAUCGGUGUUUGGAGGAACAAAAGUCAGAUGAUAUUUUGUCUGUACUGAAGUCUUAUGCUUCUAAUGCACAAAACGUUAUCCCUGAAUGUGCUGGCCGGUACUAUGAGGCACUGGUGAAAGCAAAAGAAAUCAAAUCUGAAAAAGUAUCUACAGAAGGUUCAUGGCUGAAACUCAACCUGCACGAGAAAUAUGACUAUUAUUACAACAUUGAUUCAAAAGAGAGUUCCUGGGUCACACCCAAAUCAUGGGAACCUAAGAAGUCAUGGCUCAUGGGGAAAGAAAUUGAGGACAUUGUUGAGGAGGUCACAGUACGGUACAUCCGGGAUAAGAUGUGGUCUGCUUCUGAAGAUCUGCUGCUUUGCUUUCAAGCCACCAGCUCAGGACCCAUGCUUAGGGAAGAGUUCGAAGCUCGGAAAUCAUUCUUGCAUGACCAAGAAGAGAAUGUAGUCAAAAUACAGGCUUUUUGGAAAGGAUAUAAACAGCACAAGGCGUAUCUGCAAAGGCAACAAACAUUUGCUGGUAAUGUUGAUUCUGUUGUGAAGAUUCAGUCUUGGUUCCGAAUGGCAACAGCAAGAAAGAACUAUCUCUCACGACUGCAGUAUUUCAAAGAUCAUAAAAAUGAAAUUGUGAAAAUCCAGUCUCUACUGCGAGCAAGCAAAGCCAGAGAUGACUACAGAACCCUGGUCGGCUCUGAAAACCCACCCCUAACGGUAAUCCGCAAAUUUGUGCACCUACUGGACCAAAGUGACUUGGAUUUCCAGGAGGAUCUGGAGGUAGCACGACUGAGGGAGGAAGUGGUAACCAAGAUCAGGGCCAACCAGCAGCUGGAGAAAGACCUGAACCUGAUGGACAUCAAGAUUGGGCUCCUGGUGAAAAACAGGAUCACACUAGAGGAUGUAAUCUCACAUAGAAAAAAGCUAAAUAAGAAAAAAGGAGGAGAAAUGGAAAUACUGAAUAACACUGACAACCAGGGAAUCAAAAGCUUGAGCAAGGAGAGAAGGAAAACACUGGAAACAUACCAGCAGCUGUUCUACCUUCUCCAGACCAACCCUUUAUACUUGGCUAAGCUGAUCUUCCAGAUGCCACAGAACAAGUCAACUAAAUUUAUGGACACUGUUAUUUUUACACUGUACAAUUAUGCCUCUAAUCAGCGGGAAGAAUACCUGCUCCUCAAGCUUUUCAAAACUGCUCUGGAGGAAGAAAUAAAGUCGAAGGUGGACCAGGUACAGGACAUUGUUACUGGUAACCCCACCGUCAUCAAGAUGGUCGUCAGCUUCAACCGGGGAGCCCGGGGACAGAACACCCUGCGCCAGCUCCUGGCUCCAGUGGUAAAAGAGAUCAUCGACGACAAGUCCCUGGUCAUCAACACCAGCCCCGUCGAGGUGUACAAGGCUUGGGUGAACCAACUAGAAACACAAACCGGAGAGGCCAGCAAGCUGCCCUACGAUGUGACCACAGAGCAAGCCCUGACCUACCCGGAAGUGAGAAAUAAGCUGGAAGCAUCCAUUGAAAACCUUCGAAGGGUCACUGACAAAGUUCUCAAUUCUAUCAUUUCCUCCCUCGAUCUGCUGCCUUACGGAUUGAGGUUUAUAGCCAAAGUACUGAAGAAUUCCAUCCAUGAGAAAUUCCCAGAUGCAACAGAAGAUGAGCUAUUGAAGAUUGUUGGAAACCUCCUGUACUACCGGUACAUGAACCCAGCCAUUGUAGCCCCUGACGGCUUUGAUAUCAUUGACAUGACGGCCGGAGGACAGAUCAAUUCCGACCAGAGGAGAAACUUAGGGUCGGUGGCCAAGGUGCUUCAGCACGCAGCCUCCAACAAGCUCUUCGAAGGAGAAAAUGAGCAUCUCUCAUCGAUGAACAAUUACUUGUCAGAGACCUAUCAGGAAUUCAGGAAGUAUUUCAAAGAAGCGUGCAAUGUGCCUGAGCCAGAAGAAAAGUUUAAUAUGGACAAAUAUACAGACUUGGUGACAGUCAGCAAACCAGUCAUUUAUAUUUCCAUCGAAGAAAUCAUCAACACACAUUCGCUCCUGCUGGAGCACCAGGACGCCAUCGCCCCCGAGAAGAGCGACUCCCUCAACGAGCUGCUGGAGCUUCUGGGAGCAGCGCCCAGCGUGGAAUCCUUCCUUGGCGAAGGAGCGGUGGACCCCAAUGACCCUAACAAGGAGAACACACUAAACCAGCUCUCAAAAACAGAGAUUUCCCUUUACUUGACAAGCAAAUAUGACAUAGAGGAUGGCGACGCUAUUGAUGGCCGGAGUCUUAUGAUAAAGACCAAAAAGCUGAUUAUUGAUGUGAUUCGAAACCAGCCAGGGGCCACACUGACUGAAAUCCUAGAGACCCCAGCAACUGAACAGCAGGAACAAGAUCAUGCCAAAGACAUGGUGAGCCGCGCGGUGAUGGACUCCAGGACUCCAGAAGAUGGGAAGCAAAGCCAGGCAAUGAUGGAAGACGCUCAGCUGCCUCUUGAGCAAAAGAAGAGGAAAAUCCAGAGGAACCUUCGGACAUUAGAACAGACCGGACAUGUGUCAUCAAAAAACAAGUACCAGGAUAUCCUCAAUGAGAUUGCCAAGGAUAUUCGAAAUCAAAGAAUCCACCGUAAGCUUCGAAAAGCUGAAUUGACGAAACUUCAGCAGACUCUGAAUGCACUUAAUGAGAAGGCAGCAUUUUAUGAAGAGCAAAUCAAUUACUAUGACACCUACAUAAAGACUUGUUUAGACAACUUAAAGAGGAAAAAUACUCGGCGGUCCAUCAAACUGGAUGGAAAAGGAGAGCCCAAGGGCAUGAAGAGAGCGAAACCCGUGAGGUACACAGCAACAAAGCUGCAUGAGAAAGGUGUCCUGCUAGGAAUCGAUGACCUGCAAACAAACCAGUUUAAGAAUGUUACAUUUGAUAUCGUAGCAACCGAAGAUGUGGGCAUCUUUGAUGUCAAAUCAAAAUUCCUUGGUGUUGAAAUGGAAACGGUGCAGCUUAAUAUUCAGGACUUGCUUCAGAUGCAGUAUGAGGGAGUGGCGGUGAUGAAAAUGUUCGACAAGGUGAAAGUGAAUGUGAACCUCCUUAUCUACCUGCUCAACAAGAAAUUCUACGGGAAAUGAUGGGCCUGCGGCGGGGGCGUGGACCCCCACGCCUGGAUUGAGAAAUGAAUUUGUUAGUAUUUUUGUUUUGAAACGUGAUUGAAAUCACUGCUUAUAAACAUGUGAUUUAAAGACCAAAACUGUUCCGAAGAAUGUACCCACGUGCCUUUCUGUACUCUGCUUCUCCAGGGGAAUGAGACGCAGAAUGAGUCAGUGCAGACGCGUUCACACCGUCUGGGAUGUAGGUACCCUGAUUUGAAACUCUGGACACCCUGUGAUUGGUUUUAAAGUGGGGGAAAGUUUAGAUGAUUUAGGGACAAAUGUGUGAACCUAUUUUCCUAUGAAAAAUUUUAAAUGUCCCACUUGAAUAAUAUAAUUCUUCAUAGAUACUUUUUAUCUGUGGAGAAAUAGAAACCUAAUUAAUUUGCAACGAAUUGUUUAGACAUACGUAGAGUGCUAAGCCCUGUCUCUGGGAAUUACCCAUUUUAAAGCAACCUUUUGUGCAAUUCAAAAUGAAGUUUUUAUAAGUAAUGGAAAGUGACAAUACAAUAAUACUUUCUGUAUAAAAGUAUAUAUUUUAUGUGAUUUAUUCCUACUAAGUGAAAGUGCACUACUGCUUCAUGUUAGGGCUCUCAUACAGAGUCUAAAAAUGAUUAAGGAAUAACAUAGAUAGCAAUCAUAGCCCCCACCCGCUCUUCACAAUUUAUUUGAAUACUUCAAUUGUGCCUCUCGAUUUUUGUAAUGCUACAAAAUCAGUAUCUAGAUGGUUUUAAAAUGUAUUCUUUGAAAAUUGUUUUAUGUAAAAUAAAUGUUACUUGAUUACAUUA